UACACUCCAGAGUCUCCACUUCCUCGACCAGCGGCCGCGCCGGCAGCAGCUCGCGGUGCCCCUCCCUCCUACCCAGCGCUCGCAGAUCGGCGCCGACGCCGCGGCCGCCGGGCGGAGCGCCAUGGCCACGAAGCACCCCCACGGGGACGCUGAUCCGUCCACUUCGCCUCCCCCGCCGCCGAGCCGCCGCCCGCGCGGCUUCGCCUCCGCCUCCACCCCCGCGGCGCCUCCUCCCCCGGGGCGGCGGCGCGGCGAGCGGGAGAGGGAGCGGGAGAAGGAGCGGACGAAGCUGCGGGAGCGGCAACGGCGCGCCAUCACCAGCCGCAUGCUGGCCGGGCUGCGGCAGCACGGCAACUUCCCCCUCCCCGCCCGCGCCGACAUGAACGACGUUCUCGCCGCGCUCGCCCGCGCCGCCGGGUGGACCGUCCACCCCGACGGCACCACCUUCCUCUCCUCUCCCCAGCCCUCUCUCCCUCCCCCUGCCCAAUUCCAGGGUGCUUUCCAGGCUACUUCUCUGGAAACCCCAGUUUUUACCAACUCUCUGAACAGCUACGCCAUUGGGACGCCAAUAGAUUCCCAGGCUUCAGCCCUACAAACAGAUGAUAGCCUGUCACCGUCGUCAUUGGAUUCAGUGGUGGUGGCAGAGCAAAGCAUAAAGAAUGAGAGCUAUGGGAAUUCAAGUUCAGCCAAUUCUUUGAAUUGUAUGGGAAGUGAUCAGCUGUUGAGAGCAUCAGCAGUAUGGGCGGGUGAUUUCACGAAAACUCCAUAUAUACCAGUGUACGCCUCUUUGUCUAUGGGCAUUAUCAAUUGUUAUUGCCAAUUGGUUGAUCCUGAGGCUGUACGCGCUGAACUAAGGCAUCUGAAGUCUUUGAAUGUUGAUGGAGUUGUUGUAGACUGUUGGUGGGGGAUUGUGGAAGCCUGGACUCCUCAAAAGUAUGAAUGGUCUGGCUACAGGGACCUUUUUGGUAUUAUUAAAGAGUUCAAGCUAAAAGUUCAGGUUGUAUUGUCAUUUCAUGGGUCUGGGGAGUGUGGAUCUGGUGGUGUGUUAAUUGCUCUCCCUAGGUGGGUAAUUGAAAUUGCACAAGAGAACCAAGAUAUAUUUUUCACUGAUCGAGAAGGUAGGAGGAAUACAGAAUGCCUUUCCUGGGGAAUUGACAAAGAGCGAGUCCUUCGAGGGAGAACUGGCAUUGAGGUUUAUUUUGAUUUCAUGAGGAGCUUUCAUAUGGAAUUCAGAAGCUUAUCUGAAGAGGGUCUUAUUUCUGCUAUUGAGGUUGGAUUGGGUGCUUCUGGAGAGCUAAGAUACCCUUCGUGUCCAGAAAAAAUGGGCUGGAGAUAUCCUGGUAUUGGCGAGUUUCAGUGUUAUGACAGGUAUAUGCAAAAGAACCUACGGCAAUCAGCCUUGACACGGGGGCAUUUGUUUUGGGCCCGUGGGCCUGAUAAUGCUGGCUACUAUAAUUCAAGGUCACAUGAGACUGGCUUUUUUUGUGACGGAGGUGAUUAUGACAGCUACUAUGGGCGUUUCUUCCUUAAUUGGUAUUCUGGAAUCCUCAUAGAUCAUGUGGAUCAGGUGCUCUCACUUGCUACUCUUGCAUUUGAUGGAGCAGCAAUUGUGGUGAAGAUCCCCUCCAUCUAUUGGUGGUACAGAACUGCAAGCCAUGCUGCAGAGCUUACUGCAGGAUUCUACAACCCUACAAAUCGAGAUGGAUACUCUCCAGUUUUCAGAAUGCUCAAGAAGCAUUCCAUAAUUCUUAAAGUGGUUUGUUAUGGCCCAGAAUUUACAGUUCAGGAGAAUGAUGAAGCAUUUGCUGACCCAGAAGGUUUAACCUGGCAGGUUAUGAACGCAGCAUGGGAUCAUGGUCUAUCUGUAAGUGUAGAGAGUGCUCUUCCAUGUCUUGACGUGGACAUGUACUCUCGGAUCCUUGACACAGCGAAGCCGAGGAAUGAUCCUGACCGUCACCAUCUCUCAUUCUUUGCAUACCGUCAGCGAACUCCGUUCCUUUUGCAGAGAGAUGUGUGCUUCUCAGAGCUUGAGACCUUUGUAAAGUGCAUGCAUGGGGAGGCUACCCAGAACUUUGUAGAUUGAACUUGCUUUGGCGACGCAUUCCCUGAUAUGCUGCAACUUGCGUUCUGCAAAUUUCUGGAUUCCCUUCGUGGCUAUCGCAAGAUUUAACUCAUAUUGCUGAUUAACGCAUUCCGGCCAUCUCCGCCUUAUGCUAAGGGUCAGCCGACCAGAUGGCACUGAAACUGUUGUGCCGGUGGUGGGCAGGGAUUAGUAUCCCUUAUCUGCGGUACAGGGCUGGUAGUUCAGCAAGUUUUUACCGCGGCGUCACCUAGCCUGGGCUGGAAGAUGGAAAGAAUGGCGAGGCAUAUAUCUAAUAGCACUGCAUUAUCAUGCUCUUAAGAUGCAAAGAAACCCUCUCCUGAUUGGGUGGUAAACCAUCUGUCUCUGAAUUCUCGAUGAUGCUUAGACUUUGUUUAACCGAAACAUCUUUCUAGAUUGUGACUGAAAUUUGAACUGUCCGAGCUGAGGUUAGGUCUGAAAUGGUCGUUAAUUUUGUUAA